CGUACCUACCCACGUCCGAUUUUUAUAAUCUUCGUCUUGCAUCUCGAUCUAUGGGCAGAAUUUUCUUUAGUCAAUCCUUUUGGAAAACUCGAUUUGAAUAUCACGGCGAUCGCUAUUUUCUCGGUUCUCCCGACGGGAGUCACCCAAAAAUAUCACGAAGAGGAAACUGGCACCUCUUAUAUUACUGUACACAUGAGACAGUUUUGUCACAAAGGCUGUGCGAGAGGCGAGAUAUCUGGUGGCGUUGCCGUUUGAUUAGUGGUUUCAUGGACACUAGGCUCUCGCUUCCGGGCGUAGAAUGCUACAGAGCCAUGACUGACUUGCUUUGGCAGUAUCUACCCCUUUCUCAGUCUUUCUUGGGUUCUGAUGUUUACGGCACCACAGUCACCUAUAGUAGAUACUUUUCACUUCCACAUUCCUUGAAGCAAAUCGCGGUGUCCGUUCUCGGGGAUACGCGCAAAACCUGCAUAACGGGUAUGGAAUUCAUUGGGGAAGCUGAAACGGUGAAAAUAGGAUACAUUAGCUCUCGGGACCGUAUAAUACGAGAUAUCGGACCCUUCCAACGUAUCAAGAUAGCGUGGUCGAGGGAAGAAGUUCACGCUAUUAAGUUGAAAACCAAUGCAACAGGCCGUUCAUGGAUAGGGACAGUCCCAAACACUUGUUGCAUGUGUGAUCUGAGCGUUGAGUCCAAUGUGGUUGCUAUGCGAAUUGAAUUCGAUGUAGGUGUGCCUUCCGAUGAAGCAGUAAGCAUGACCUCGCAUGCCCUAACACUAUGGACAGGACUUCAGAAUGGUUAGACUGGGUCUUGGUUUUGUGCCCCAGAACUAACUCAAGGAUAUCAAUUCUGCGACCAUUUACUAUCAUGCUGUGAUUUUUCUUAUUGCCCCCUCAGUGUCAUCUUUCAGUGGAGGGUGCUAGUGUUCACCUUAUAAUAACCGGCAAUGAACAGUACUUUAGCACCUAUCCUGUACUACUACGUGCUCGUGCCAUUUCCGGUAACAUCAGACCAGCUCGCGCGUUGUGGUAGGUGCGCCUAUGAAAGAUAUCAUUGGACGGGUAUGUCAUUUGGCAUAGAACCAUUUCCCACAAGAAAGCUCGUACAAUUGUGUUAGCUGAUUAGAAGUCAAGAUUGUCUUUUUACUUCCAUAUCCAGUAAGUAGAUCAAUCUAGCCUAAACUGGAGAGUUCUCUCCUACCACAAGGAGUGGAUGUUGAUCUGUCCUGGCAC